AUGGUUCACACGGCGCCUCCUGGAGCGGCCCUUCUUGAUGUGGGUUUUCUUCUUCCACAUCCUGGUACUCUGGUGCGUGGAAAUCUGGAGACAGGCUCUCGCAAAGCCACUUCCAAUCGACCCUGCCGUGCGAUUGGAAUCAGCCUUGCAGGCAUGCGGUGCAUGCCUUGA